UCUGUAGCAGUAGAAAUGUCCUCCAGAAUGAGUGAGUCUGUGAAACAGGACAUAAAGAAAGAUGAGAGGUGUACAGGUUCCUCUGUAGCAGUAGAAAUGUCCUCCAGAAUGAGCGACUCUGUGAAACAGGACAUAAAGAAAGAUGAGAGGUGUACAGGUUCCUCUGUAGCAGUAGAAAUGUCCUCCAGAAUGAGUGAGUCUGUGAAACAGGACAUAAAGAAAGAUGAGAGUCUGAUUCAGGGUAAGAGAUCAGACUCACCUGAACCCAGCUGUGUGUCCAUGAAGAGUGACGGGUCAAUGAAUCCUCCAAUAUUCUUUAAAGACACAGACUGUACUACUGAUCUGAGACUGCAGAAGAAGAAAUCAAAUAUCACUGAGAAGAGUCAUUUAGAGGCCAUAUUCAAGGAUCUGGAGCACAAAGUCAUCAGUCUGCUACAGAAUGAACUGAAGAGAUAUAAGAAGCUCCUGAGUCCAGAUUACCCAGCAUGCUCUGAGAGGGAGGUGGAGGAUGAGGAGGAUCAGAGCAGUGUCAGAGAGGGAGUGCUGAAGAUCACACUGCACUUCCUGAAGAACAUGAAGCACACAGAUCUCGCUAACACACUGCAGAACAAAGUCACCCCUGCAUACCAGAAAAAACUCAAAUCCAAACUGAGAGAGAAAUGUAAAAGAAUUACUGAAGGAAUCUCACAGCAUGGAAGCUCAGCACUUCUGAAUGAGAUCUACACAGACCUCUACAUCACAGAGGGUUGGAGUGGAGAUUUCAGUAAUAAACAUGAGGUGAGACAGAUUGAGACAGUGUCCAGAAGACCAGCAACACAGGAGACACCCAUCAAAUGUAAUGAUCUCUUUAAAGACAAGUCCAUCAGAAGUGUGCUGACUAAAGGAGUUGCUGGAAUUGGAAAAACAGUCUCUGUGCAGAAGUUCAUUCUGGACUGGGCUGAAGGAAAAGCAAAUCAGGACGUCACCUUCAUGUUUCCACUUCCCUUUAGAGAGCUGAAUCUGAUGAAGCAGAAACAUCUCAGUCUGAUGGAUCUUCUUCAUCACUUUUUCCCAGAAAUAAAAGAAUUACGAUUAAUAGACUGUGAGAGGAAUAAAGUGGUGUUGAUCUUUGAUGGUCUGGAUGAGUGUCGACUUCCUCUAAAUUUCCAGAACAAUGAGAGAUUGUGGGAUGUGACAGAAUCAGCCUCAGUGGAUGUGCUGCUGACGAACCUCAUCAAGGGGAAUCUGCUUCCCUCUGCUCUCCUCUGGAUCACCUCUCGACCAGGAGCAGCCAAUCAGAUCCCUCCUGAGUGUGUAGACCAGGUAACAGAGGUACGAGGGUUCAGUGAUCCUCAGAAAGAGGAGUACUUCAGGAAGAGGAUCAGUGAUCAGAGCCUGGCCAAUAAAAUCAUCACACACAUGAAGUCUUCCAGAAGCCUCCACAUCAUGUGUCACAUCCCAGUCUUCUGCUGGAUCUCAGCCACUGUUCUAGAGGGAAUGUUGGGUGAAGCAGAGAGUGGAGACAUCCCCAAGACUCUGACUCAAAUGUUCACACACUUUCUGAUCUUUCAGAUCAAACACAAGGACCAAAAGUACCAUCAGAAAUGUGAACCUGAUCCUCAGCAGACCAGAGAGAGUAUCCUGGCACUGGGAAAACUGGCUUUCCAACAGCUGGAGAAAGGAAACCUGAUCUUCUAUGAGGAAGACCUGAGAGAGUGUGGGAUUGAUGUCAGAGAAGUGUCAGUGUACUCAGGAGUGUGUACUCAGAUCUUCAGAGAGGAGUUUGGGCUUCACCUGGGGAAGGUGUUCAGCUUUGUACAUCUGAGUGUUCAGGAGUUUCUGGCUGCUUUAUACACAUUUCUCUCCUUCAUCAGCAGAAAUGUAACAGAACAACAAACCACUGAUCUGUCUGAUCUUUUCACCAAAUCAAACAUGUCUGAUUUCCUGAGUUGUGCAGUGGACAAGACGUUACAGAGUCAGAAUGGACACCUGGACCUGUUCCUUCGCUUCCUUCUGGGUCUCUCACUGGAGUCCAAUCAGAGUCUCUUACGAGACCUACUGCCCCAGACAGGAAGUAGCUCUCACAGCAAACAGGGAACAGUCGAGUACAUCAAGGAGAAGAUCAGAGUUAAUCCAUCUCCAGAUAAAUCUAUCAAUCUGUUCCACUGUCUGAAUGAACUGAAUGAUGAUUCUCUAGUACAGGAAGUACAACGUUACCUGAACAGAAAAGAUUCCUGGUGUUUUGAUAAAGUCAGACUCUCUCCUGAUCAGUGGUCUGCUCUGGUGUACGUGUUGCUGGGCUCAGAAGAGAAUCCAGAGUUGUUUAUUUUAAAAACAUAUCAGCUAUCAGAUGAAUGUCUUCAAAAUCUGCUGCCAGUCAUUGAAACAGCAAGAAAAGCAGACCUGUGUCAGUGUGAUCUCACAGAGGAAAGCUGUAGGGUUCUGUGCUCAGUUCUCAACUCAAAAGCUUCAAGUCUGAGAGAACUGGACUUGAGUUGCAAUUACAAACUAAAGGAUUCAGGAGUGAAGCUGCUCACUGCUGGACUUAAGAAUCCACACUGUACACUGGAGAUACUGAAUUUGCGUGAGUGCAUGCUUACAGGUGAAAGCUGUAGAAUUCUGUCCUCAGUUCUCAGUUCAAACUCCUCCAGACUGAGAGACCUGAACCUGAGUUACAAUAAGCUGCAGGAUUCAGGAGUGAAGCUGCUCUCUGCUGGACUGGAGAAUCCACACUGUACACUGGAGAUACUGCAGGUGGUGGGCUGCAGUAUUACAGUUGAAGGUUUUGCUACUCUGGUCUCAGCUCUGAGGUCAAACCCUUCAUCACACCUGAGAGAACUGCAUGUGUACUGGAAUAAACCAGGAGAAACAGGAGUGAAGCUGCUUUAUGACUUUCUGAAGAGUCCACACUGUACACUGGAGAAAAUCCAGUUGGAGCAGUUUUUCAGUCUCACACUGAAAAAAUAUAUCACUGAUGAAGAUUAACAUAAUGAAGCACAAAUAAUAACAUCUGAGAGAACUGAAGUUCUAAUGACUAUUUUGUCAUUUAUAGAUAUUCUGGUUAAUCAGAUGGUGUCUGUAAGAAUGUACCUUUUCAAACUUUUUCCUACCUUUUCAUGUUUACAGACAAUAUUUAAAAAAGUGUAUUUUUAUAUAAUGUGCAAUCAUUUACUGCAGCUGCAAUAUAACCGAAGUGUAUUUAGUGUUUUAGGAGGCCAGGCUCUAAAGGUGUAGAGGCACCUUAUGGUUUUCCUUCCAUCUUCACUCUUGUGUAAAGUUAGGCUUUCUUGUGAUUAAUGAGGCUAAAAUUGUCGUAUGUGUGUGAAAGUGUAGCUCACUGGUUCUUGUGUUUGUCCCAUUAAAAUUCUGCAAAACAUUUAAUGUUAUAUGUUUAAAUUGUAUAUAAUAUGAUUUGUUCCUAAAGUGUUUUAUAUUAGUUAUAACUAAAUCACCCUUCAUAUAUUUAAAGUCCUACAUCCUACUGAUGUUGAGAUUGUAGCAUAUAUCAGCAUAAAUGUAUAAAAGAAUUCAAUUAAAUGUGU